ACACGGACACUCACACUACUACGACACACACACAUCAAGCUAUUAGCUCUCAAACCGAUCAAAUUCGAUUUUGCUGGGAUGGCCGGGAUCAGGAAGGCGAGCAGCAGCGCGGCGGCCAUGGCCAUGGCGCUGCUGGUGGUGGCGGCGCUGUUGCUGCUCGUCGCCGUGGCGGGAGCCGCCGGGCGGCACACGGCGUGCCACGUGGACCUGGAGCGCAUGGAGGACAAGUGCGGGUCCUACUGCGCGGCGGGCAGCAGGGAGGGCAGCCCGAGCGGCGAGUGCUGCGACGCGGUGCGCGGGGCCGACUUCCCGUGCCUCUGCCGCUACAAGCCCCUGCUCCGCUCCGUGGCGCCCGGCAUGGACGCCAACCGCGCCAUGCAGAUCCCGGCCAAGUGCGGCAUCCCCAACGUGCCCGCGUGCUAGAUCGAGGCAUGCAAUGCAAAUGCCCGCGCGCGCGGCUACUUAAUAAUUGAUCCGGAACGAUCGAUCGAUUGUGUUAUGGAUUUAUUUUAUUGUGUUGUUUCGCUUCGUUGCGUUAUUUUUCUGUUCUGGAACUAGAUCGAUUGAACGAGAAGUUUUUUCCUACUAGCUUUGCCUUGUCUUUGGUGCUUGUAUUGAGCUAGUCGUCAAUCUCAUGCAUUGCGUGCGUGCAUGCAUGCGUAUGUAUCCUCCUGUGGAUUAGCUUAUUAUCGUGGAUUUUUAUUGAUCUGUACCGCGAGUGUUGCAUUAUAAUCCAGCCACAGAGCUCUUUUUUCA